CCGGCAUUUAAAUGGUGCAGACCCUGCAGUUCCUGCGUUCUUAGGAAAGAAAAAGCAACACAGAGCUCCAAAUCUGGCUAAUUUCAGCGAAUAAUCGCUCAUAUUCGGGUGUAUUCUGAGUAGCAGCUCUGGUCUCAUCAUGUCGGGUGGUCCGGCUGUCAGGAUCAGCAUCGAGUCUUCCUGUGAGAAGCAGGUGCAGGAAGUGGACUUCCACGGCACGGAGACAUACGUCCCUCCUCUGUCCAUGUCCCAGAACCUGACCAAGCUGGCACAGAGGAUUGACUUCAGCCAGGGCUCCGACUCCGAGGAGGACGGGGCCGACGGAGAGCCCAGGGACAGGGAGUGGGGCAAGCAGGAGACGGAGGAAGAGGAAGGCACGGUGAAGUUCCAGCCGUCUCUUUGGCCCUGGGAUUCUGUGCGCAACAAUCUGCGCAGCGCCCUGACGGAGAUGUGUGUGCUCCACGACGUGCUCAGCGUGGUGAAGGAGAAGAAGUACAUGGCUUUGGAUCCGGUGUCUCAGGAUCCGAACGCUGGAAAAACGCCGCAGGUUUUCCAGCUGAUCAGCAAAAAGAAAUCUCUGGCCACGGCGGCGCAGCUCCUCCUGAAAGGAGCCGAGAAGCUCAGCAAGUCCGUGGCCGAGAACCAGGAGAACCGGCGGCAGCGCGACUUCAACGCCGAGCUGCUGCGACUCCGAUCGCAGUGGAAACUCCGAAAAGUCGGAGACAAGAUCCUGGGAGACCUCAGCUACCGGAGCGCAGGUUCCCUUUUUCCUCACCCCGGCACGUUUGAGGUGAUCAAAAACACCGACAUUGAUCUGGACAAAAAGAUCCCAGAGGACUACUGUCCGCUGGACGUCCAGAUCCCGAGCGACCUGGAGGGAUCGGCUUACAUCAAGGUCUCCAUCCAGAAACAGGCUCCAGACAUCGGUGACCUGGGAACCGUCAACCUCUUCAGGAGACCCCAGAAAAGCAAAGCAGGAACGCAGCCGUGGCACGUGAAGCUGGAGGCGGCGCAGAACGUCCUGCUCUGCAAGGAAAUCUUUGCGCAGCUUUCCAGAGAAGCGGUCCAGAUUAAAGCGCAGAUCCCGCACAUCGUGGUGAAGAACCAGAUCAUCUCGCAGCCCUUCCCAGGUCUGCAGCUCUCCAUCUCUCUGUGCCACUCCACCGGAGAGAAGAAGAGCAGCCGAGCUUCUCCGGAGAAACCCAAACCGGACGACCAUCUUUACGUCCUGGAGCACAACCUGCACCAGAUGAUGAGAGAGUUCCACAAGCAGCAGCUGAGCUCGGUAGUGAUGCCGCAUCCGGCCAGCGCGCCGUUCGGCCACAAGCGGCUGCGGCUGGCGGGGCCGAUGGCGUACGACAAGGCCGAGAUCUCCAGCCUGCAGCAGAGCGAGGGGCUGCUGGAGAAGAUCAUCAAACAGGCCAAACACAUCUUCCUGCGCAGCAGGACGGCUCGGACCAUCGACAGCCUGGCCAGCCGCAUCGAGGACCCUCAGAUCCAGGCCCACUGGUCCAACAUCAACGACGUCUACGAGUCCAGCGUCAAGGUGCUGAUCACUUCGCACGGCUACGAGCAAAUCUGCAAGUCCAUCCAGCUGCAGCUGAACAUCGGCGUGGAGCAGAUCCGGGUGGUGCACCGGGACGGCCGGGUCGUCACGCUGUCGCACCAGGAGCAGGAGCUGCAGGACUUCCUCCUCUCUCAGAUGUCGCAGCACCAGGUGCACGCCGUGCAGCAGCUGGCCAAGGUGAUGGGCUGGCACGUCCUGAGCUUCAGCAACCACGUGGGGCUGGGCCCCGUGGAGAGCGUCGGGAACGCCUCCGCCAUCACCGUCGCUUCCCCCAACGGAGAGUACGCCAUCUCAGUGCGUAACGGCCCGGAGAGCGGCUGUAAGGUUCUGGUCCAGUUCCCGCGCAGCCAGAUCAAAGAGCUGCCGAAGAGCGACGUGGUGCAGGACGCCAAGUGGAGCCAGCUGCGCGGUCCGCACAAGGAGGUCAACUGGAGCAAGAUGGAGGGACGCAACUUCGUCUACAAGAUGGAGCUCCUCAUGGCGGCGCUCACUCCCUGUCCGUAGGCCGAGCUGACGGUUUUCCUUCCACUCAACCUUCAGCUGAGGAGCCGGACCGCAGCUCUCGCUCAGCAGAAUCAGAUUCAUGUCGGACUUGAAAAAGCGAAGACAUUUGUUUACUGCUGAUUUUUAAACGACAAACCUGCAGGAAGAUCUGCUGUUCAACACAAAAACAAAGUAUUUUCUGGCGCAACGCUUGAAAUAUCUUUUAUGUCAUUUUCAGAUGAUUGUAGAUACAUAAAACUAACUUACAG